GGCGCCGCCGGACGAAUGGCGAGGAGGGGCGUGGUGAAUCGGGGCGUGGUUUAUGCGCAGGGGGCGUGGCGAGGGGCGUGGCCAAGCGGCAUGCUGCGCUGGGGGCGCGCUUUGCGCCCGCGGAGGGAGGGGGCCCCGGGGGGGGCCCCGGGGGGGGCCCCGGGCCGCCCCCUCCGCACCGCGGCCCCGCUCAGCUCCGACAUCUUCCGCGAGCUGGGGCGGGGGCUGGGGCGCCUGGGUCAGACCCUGAAGGAUCAGCUGCCGGCUUUGGAGCACGGGGCAGGGGGCUGGACCCCCCCGGGGACCCCCGCGGGCCCACGCCCCCCCGAAGAAGCCGACGUGGUGGUGGUGGGGGGCGGCGUGGUGGGCUGGUCCGUGGCGUUCUGGCUGAAGGCGCUGGAGGGCCGGCGGCACGGCAUGAGGGUGCUGGUGGUGGAGAGGGACCCCACGUAUUCCCGCGCCUCCACGGUGCUGUCGGCGGGGGGGAUCCGGCAGCAGUUUUCCCUCCGGGAAAACAUCCAGAUGUCACGCUUCUCCGCCAGCUUCCUCCGCAACAUCAACGAGCACCUCGGGGUGCCAAACGAGCCCCCCAUCGACAUCCAGUUCCAGCCCUCGGGGUACCUCUUCCUCGCCCCCCCGCAGCGCGCGGCCAAGCUGGAGGCCACCGUCCGGCUCCAGAGGGAGGAAGGGGCGCAGGUGGCCCUGCUGUCCCCCACCCAGCUGAAGGCAAAAUUCCCCUGGAUGGACACGGAGGACGUGGCUGUGGCGUCCUACGGUCUGGAGGAUGAAGGCUGGUUCGACCCCUGGACCCUCCUCAACGCUUUCCGGUACAAAGCCAUGUCCCUGGGGGUCCACAGCUGCUCCGGGGAGGUGCAAGGUUUCAUCACCUCGGCUGAGGACACCGUGUCGCUGCAGACCGCACGCAUCAAAUACGUCCACAUCCACAUGCCGGACAGCCUGGAGUACCAGCCGGUCACCUGCGCCAUCGUGAUCAACGCCGCCGGCGCCUGGGCCGAGGAGGUGAUGGGGGCGGCCGGGCUGCCGGGGGUGCUGUGCCAGCCCCCCCUGCCCAUCCAGCCCAGGAAGAGGUACGUGUUCUCCUGGCACUGCCCCAACGGCCCCGGCUUCUCCUGCCCCUUCCUCAUCGACACCACCGGUGCUUAUUUUCGCCGCGACGGCAUCGCCGGCAACUACCUGGGCGGCAUGAGCCCCCCCGAGGAGGACGAGCCGGAUACGAGCGAUCUCUCGGUGGAUCACGAUUUUUUCCAGGAGCGGGUCUGGCCGCGGCUGGCUCGGCGCGUCCCGGCGUUCGAAUCCCUCCGUCCCCGGGGGGCUUGGGCUGGGUUCUAUGACUAUAACGCUUUCGAUCGUAACGGGGUGCUGGGCCGUCACCCCAAAUUAGAAAAUUUAUUUUUAGCAGCGGGUUUUAGCGGCCACGGGUUACAACACGCGCCCGCCGUCGGCAGAGCCGUGGCCGAGCUGGUGGUGAAGGGACGGUACGAGAGUUUGGAUCUGCGGAGGUUGGGGUGCAGGAGGUUGGUGGAGGGGGAGCCGCUGGAGGAGGACGGAGUGGUUUGACGGAGGCUGGGGGGGGAAAGCGCGGCAGGGCCCUGGGAAAGCGCGGCACGGCGCGGAGGCUGGGGGGGUCGGCGGCGUGCCCUGCGGAAAUAAAGGCUGGACGAGGAGUGCGCUGGGGGAUGAAAUGGGGGGGCUGGGGGGUGGGGAGGCAGGGGGGUGACACCACCCCCUCCCGCCCUGGGGCUGCGCCCCCCCCGACUCGCCCCAGCCCACCCCCUCCCCAGCUGCCGUGCGCCCCGUGCCCGGGGUCCCAGUAUCCCCCGGUAUCCCCAUUCCCCCCCCAGCCCCACAGUCCCUCUUAUCUCCCCGGGUCCCUGUUGCCCCCCAGUGCCCCCCCAAUCCCCAUUGCUCCCCAUUACCUCCCAGUGCCCCC